UGGAGAACUCAAGAUCGCGGAAGCAUAAAAUAGUUCAAGUAAAAAUCUAAACACUUAAGCAAAAUUGCAGGCUCAGUAUGAAAUUUGAGUAGUAUCAUAAGUAAUUUGAGUAGUUUUGUUGCACUAAAGGCGUAGUAAAUGCUUUAAAACAAGUGGAUUUGUUUGCGCGGAGGGAUACACUUCCAGCUGCUCGCGCAGUCGCUGGUACUUGACGCGGCGCAACGUCGAGCGGCUGUUCAGUUGCACAAUGGCGUGCGUUAAAGCGUGUUGUACGUGCUGUGAAGUCUGUUUCUGAGCGGGGACCGGCCCAAAAAUUGGCCUGUCCAGGUUACGGAGACGUUGUCGCAAGGGCCAGACGAACAUCCCUCGUACCGACGGUCAAGUUUUGGAACGAUAUCCACUCAGGAACAAGCUUUACUACGGAAAAGAAUCGGACCUGUCGUUCCAAAAGGGCGCUGAUCCGUCAUUUCGAUGACGGCGAAGUCAUCGAGUUUGUAUUAAAAUCUGGAUAUUAUAUAUCCGUGAAUAAUUAUUACAGAAACCGAAGGUUUCCGUGAGGGUGGAAUCGGAUAACAUCGUUUUGUGUUAUGUGCUUUACAAUUUACGGCCCUGAAGUUGUAAAGUCUUCCAGUGACAGUGUUUACGUGCAUAUUUAGUGAUCCGCGUGUGCGGAACCGUUAAUUAGGUGUUUAUAUAGUACAAACUGCAAUAUCUUGUGUUCGUGUGUAAUUGCCAAGGAGAUCCAAAUGCAAGUGGAAAAUACUCCCACCUUUAACCUGCCUAUUUCAAGGCUGAAAGAUCAGGAAGAGGCUGCUCCGCAAGACCAGCAGCAGCAACAGCAACAACAGUUGCAGCAACAGAAUGCCGUCAGUGACGCGGACUGUGAUUUGCUCAAGCCUGAUGCACAGGCGCCUCCGCCGGUGGCCCAGGGUGGCUUGUGCCCGAACCUCCCCGUUGUUCCUCCACCUGUGUCACCAUCUUCGAGACAGUUCCCACCAGUUUCUCUCGUCGCCGAUAAGUACCUGAUGCUGGAGCAAGUUGAAGGCAGCACGCUAUGUCGGUGUAUUAACGUCCAUACGCAAGAGGAACUCGUGUGUAAGGUGGUGGGACGAGAGGCGGGCGGCCUGCUGGCAGCGCACCAUCGACUGGACGAGCACCCGCACGUCAACCGGACGCGGGAGGUCGUACUGGGGCCCAGCUUCCUGUACCUGGUGUUCCCGAAGGCGCAUGGGGACCUGCACUCGUACGUGCGCACGCGCAAGCGUCUCCGCGAACACGAGGCGCGACAGCUGUUCCUUCAGAUCGCAGAGACGGUGCGCGCCUGUCACGAGGAGGGCAUCGUGCUACGAGAUCUCAAGCUGCGCAAAUUCGUCUUCGCUGACGCCGCCAGAACGCAUCUGAAGCUGGAGACUUUGGAAGACGCUGUCGUUUUGGAUGAUCCGGAUGACGAUUUGCUACAGGAUAAGCGAGGUUGUCCUGCAUAUGUCAGCCCAGAGAUUCUACGCAGUCACGCACAGUAUUCGGGUCGGGCAGCUGAUAUGUGGAGUCUCGGUGUAAUCCUGUACACUAUGCUAGUUGGAAGGUAUCCAUUCAAUGAUAGUGAACAUGCCAGUCUAUUUGCUAAAAUAAGCAGGGGCCAUUUCGUCAUUCCUGAUCACCUAUCGUCUCGGGCAAAGUGCUUAAUUAGGAGCCUGCUUCGUCGAGAACCCAGUGAAAGGCUGUCUGCUGAGGAUGUGCUGCUACACCCUUGGCUUGCAAAUGAAGAACAGUUGGAAAGCUCUUCGCGGCUCGAUCAAGUAGUUCCAGUAUUCAAAGCAAAGUGAACAUCUCUCCAGAGGGACUGCUAUAGACUUCUUCAGGAAGCCAGAAAAUUUAAAACCGUGAAGGAUGUUUGUGGGUCUAUUUCCAUUUUCAGGUUCCACAGCCAUGUAUAUGAAAUUUGACUGGGACCAGGAGCUGCAUUUUGUAUCCUGCAUAGAGCAUAAAUAUCCUAAAUGUCAUUCUAAAGUGAAUUGACCAUAAAUUUUUGUGUUGUUCACAAAAAGUUAUGUUGCGCAUUUAUUGUUGUAGUUUUGGCUUAUAUGAUAAUUGCUGUGGCACAAUGUUACCUGUGUCUUGCAUCUGGAGUCACACAUCAUCAGUGACGCAAUUGCUCUUCUGGAGCAGGCACAAAGCAGCAUCAGUUAUGAAAUUGUAAAGAUUACAUGUACCCGUUGAAUAUUCCUUUAUUAGUAUGUGUGUGAUUUAGCAGUGUUAGCCGUGAUUUGUUGUUCCCAGUAGUGUCGUUGUUGUGCCUGUCCUACUGCUGCGACUACCCCCUCCCUGAGUUCCUGACCCUCACUCGCCCUGCCCCCCCUAGUGCACCUGUACUCACUGCAGUGUGCUUCCAGUCUGUGUGUGGCAGAGAGAGAGAGUGAGCUUUCGGUUGCUGCAAGAGAUCUCAUUGGCAUGUUAUGCAAGAUGUGCAUAUUGUAGCAAUUAACAAAUCUUCCAGAAGGCAUUUUUGAAAGUGUGAAUGUUGUGUGGUACAAAAAGUGUGAUAUUGCAAUACAUCACAGUAGCAAAAAGUUAUUUUUAUUUUGUUACAGUAAGACUUUUGGACUGAUAAUGCUAAAAUUAAAGUGGCAGUAAUAAUGCCAUUGCCAUCUGUGGGAAACCACAUCUUCUCUUGUAUUCCAUCAGAAUCACUCAGUUAUGUUUUAAAGACUGAUUAUCAGUACCAGGAUGCAAAAAAAGACACAACCAAAGAUCUAAAAGUAUUGGUAUGUUAAUUGCAAUAGCAAAAAUUUCUAGUACAAAAACAAUGUCUGUUGUAAAAAGGAAAAAAAAUGUGCCAGUGUCGCAUACAUGAUCCACUCCAGAGCUGGGUUUUUGGAGUCUGCCACAACUUCCAUUGCAUCCUGGUCUGAAGAGAUAUUUCGGUUAAAAUUGUGAUCUCUUUUUUUUUGAAGUGGGAUAGCCCUCAGGAAGGUGUACUGUCAAAUGUCACACUAGAACUGAAAUGUACAUAUAUUUUUUUUUCCUGUGUAAAUAGUUUACGUGAAUAUUUGUUAGUUUAUGACUAGUAAUAGUAAUAAAUGAUUACUUCAAAAUAA